UUUUUGUUAAUUUGAUGGAACAUUGAGGUAGCAUUCAAGGUGGUGGUACAGCAGUGUUGAAGCCGAUUGCAUGAGUGAUAUGGUCAAAAUGAGAAGUUUGGUAAGAUAAUAAUUUGAAAAUUGUAAAAAAAAAUCCAUUAUGCAGCUCAAAUGUAGUAUAAAAGUAACUGAUUUCGAUGAAGUCAGCAUCAGUUAUCUGUCAAUUCGCUUUCAAGCAACUUUGUGCCUUUAACAAAAAACCUCAAACCACUUCAAAAUGUUCAAAUUCAUUGCCAUCUUUGCUUUUGCCACUGUUGCUGUUGCAGCUCCAGGUCAUCUUGCUACUCACUCUGUUGUUGAAAAUGUUGUUGUUGGAGCAUCAGUUCACUCAGCUCCAAGUGCUGUUUCUCACCAAAGCCAAACUCAAUACCACAGCAAAUCGGUUGUGACUCCAGUUCUUGCUCCAGUCGUUAAGUCUUAUGUUGCUGCACCAGUUGUUCAUGCUGCUCCAGUUGUACACUCUGCUCAAGUAUUGUCUGCUGCUCCAGUUGUUCACUCUGUUCAUCAUGCUGCUCCAGUUGUUCAUUCUGCUCAAGUUUUGUCAGCUCCAGUUGUCCACUCUGUCCACCACAGUGCUCCAGUCGUACACACUGUCCACCAUUCCGCUCCAGUCGUUCACACUGUUCAUCAUGCUGCUCCAGUUGUACACUCUGUUCAUGCUGUUCCUCAUGCCAUCAGUGUGCAUCAUUAA